AUGCCGCCACACAACAAGCGCAAGAAACAUGUCAGGAACUUCAAGCGCAAGAUAGACGGCUCCUUCUAUCAGCUGAAGAUAAACUUCAACCUCCCAACAAAACCGCCAAGCAACGAAGAAAUUAGAACAAGUAACGUGGAAGUCCAUCGAGAAACGGGUCUUUUUAAUGGCACUCGAGCACGACGGGGACGAAACGGGGAGCUCUACGACAUUGAGCUACUCUACGCGAAGCGAUGGGUGCACAACUUAGAAUUCUAUUUAGUGCAAUGGGUUUGCUACAGAGAACUAACAUGGGGACCAGCGAAACAUUUACCCUGGAAGAUGAAGGUCGACAUUAAUGUGGUGUUGUAA